UUCUAUUUUUUACAGAACACUGUGCGUAUGGCGAAUAAUUGAUUUGAAUAUGUGCAUUUUCUGGUAAACGAUUUUUACUUUAACCUCUGUGCUGUAGUCAAAAGUUUAAAAUUAUCUGACAAAUAGAGGAAGUGGAUCUUCAAAAGCAUCAUCAUGCAGCCAAGAUUGUUCAUCGUCGCCAUCAUGGCUGUGAUGGCGAACGAGGUUCUCUGCAAAGGGGAGAGAAAGGCCAGACACAUGAUGGACCGGCCGCUGACGGAGAACCGCCUGGACGCUGUGUCUUACCCGCUGUGCAGCGCCGGCGGGUCGCAGGGCGCUUGUCUGUUCGGCGUCGAGUGUCAGCUUCAAGGCGGCCGCUUCGCUGGGUACUGCGGUGGCUCCGACCGAGUCUGCUGCAUGGUGGACAAAACGUGCUGGGCGACUACGAGCGCUCAUUCAGUCACGUUCCAGAAUCCGUCUUUUCCGAAGCCCAACGAAGAGGCCGUCUUGUGUCCCCUCACUGUGGAACUUGGACGGGCGGUCUGCGCGGUCAGAGUGGACCUGAAUGUGCUGGAGCUGGCGCAGUACGAGGACGGUGUGUGCAUUCGUGACACACUCACGCUGCUGGGCUCAACAGAAGGCAUAGCUACGCCCGUGUGUGGCAACAUGACGGGAUAUUCAACGACGUUCCUGGUGAAGGAGCUCGGCAAGGUGACGGUCUCGCUGGUCGCGCAGAGUACGCACAGGUUCUCCAUCACUGUCACGCAGCUCGGCUGCGCCGCCAUCCCUAAGUUCAUUUCGCCCACCUACUCGGGCGUGCGCAACGAAGACGCGGUCUUGUACAACCCUCCUCCUGAACCUGCAGUAGAUAAACCUACAAUCAUACUCAGAAACGACAGCAAAACAAAUGAGACUGAGACUACGACCUUUAACCCCGUCGUCAGGGACGAUGAGGGAGAGGGUGGCCCCACUACUACCGCUCCGAGGGCAGACGAGGGAAAGAAAGAUGACGAUGAAGGAGAGGUCCAAACUACGCUCCUGAGGGGCAAAUAUCCUUCAGGAACUACAACGCCUGCUCCUGGCGUGAUAAUCGGUCAUUUUCCUGACGGUUCUGAAGGAAACGAAGAUGAAGAAGAAAAUAUUUUCACCGACACCCUGGAUGUCACUCCUGCCGUUUCUGGCUUCAAACGAGACAGUUGCAGGUCAUUCAAGAAAGGAAUUGAUGCACUCCGGGUUAGCUUAGGCGAUCACGACUUAAAGACCAAGAACGAGACGUUCAACGUUGUAUCGCGCGUCAAGAGAGUCAUCUGGCAUCUACACUAUUCCCCCCACAUCAACGUCAACGACAUCGCAAUCUUCGAACUCAGCGAACCCGUCACCUUCAACUACAGCAUCAGUGCCGUGAAACUGCCCCUCGACACUGAGGACGAGUUUCACGAAGUCAAUGCCACGGUGACGGGCUGGGGCCGCUACAGCCUCACGACAAAGAAGACGUCACCGUACCUGAAGGAGUACACGGGGCCCAUCCAAGAUGCCGGGGAGUGCGCCAAGGCGUGGAAGAAUGCGAAAGUCACGGCCUACACCGACAAACAUAUUUGUUUGGGCAUCGAUAAGGGCACACCCUGCCAUGGAGAUUCGGGAGGACCAUUAGUGGCAUGCAACUUCAACUCCUGCACCCAGGUGGGUGUGGUGAGUUUCGGGUUCCCGCUCUGUACGAACGUUGGCCUCCCCGCAGUGUUCACGCGACUCACCUACUACCGCCCCUGGCUUGAUAGUAACAUGGCGUCGCUCAGCGCCAUACCGGUCUAGCUUCUACUAAACCGGUACUUAGCUUCUACUAAACCGGUACUUUAGCUUUUGCUAAACCGGUAAUACUUUGUACUAGAUCAGGGAUAUCUAAUUGAAUUUCAAGAGAAAAUUUAUAUAAGUAGGGUACGGAUAAUCAUACUGUCUAAUUAUUGUAGUGUGAUAUAAAUUGUAAUCGCAUUAAUUAAGGCUCAUUUGGAACUUCCCGGUAUGAACAAGAUAAGCGAUCUGCAUGUUAGCUACUCACGUAUUAGGUCAACAUCUUGGAAACAUUAAAAGUAUAAUAUUAGAAUUAAAUUGCGGUGUUUAUUAGAAAAUUUUCUUUAUCAAUUGACUGAAUUUUUAUUCUCAGUGUUUCUUCUUAAACUUCACUACGACAGCUUGGGAUUUGCCGCAAGAGAUUAGAAUAUCAAAACGUCGAGCUAAAGCGAAAAUCAUGUAUAUUGUAAAUUUCUUUCGUUGAGUGACGUAUCAUCUGAAUUUCAGAAUUUUGUUCAGGAAUUCUUAAUAUGUUAAGAGGAAGCACAAAUUAUUUGCGUCAGAACAACAAAAGCGUAAUUCAUAGUUAAUUAUCCCUGCUUGUUGCUGAUUACAUGCCGCGUCCCAGCCAUAGUUUCCACGAUUCACUCCUCGUCCUUACAAAUAAUUGUAAUAACAAUCUUCUGACUGUAUAACCUAUACAUUUUUCAAAAAUCCAGGGCUUUGAAUAUUUGCCAGAUGUGCAUAGCCUGAUUCUUUUUGACCCUUUGUUUUGCAAAGACCUGUGUCUGUGCCGGAUCAUAAUGAAAUGCCCAAGCAUUAAUGUCACUCGUUAGCAGGAAUCGAAAAUUCACUAGAAAUUUAAAAGCAAAGAACAUUUUAAAAAAAUUAUGAUAUCUUUAUGGGAAACGUUUUCAUAAAAAAUGUUUUUGUGACAUUUUUGUGGAAGUUUCUUCGCUUUUAUAUUUCUAGUAAAGUGCCCAAAUCAGGCAGCACUGACUGGCAGUUGUUGCAAACCCUUGCGCCUGCUUAUUGUGGCGCUUCACUUGCGGUGUACUAGGGCGGGUUUCAUUUAGUUUGUUAUUAUAGGAGAGCAAGAUAAUAUCGAUUUAUCAGACAAUAUGGUUCGUUAUUAUUGGACAUCAAGAUAAUAUGGAUAUGGAAGACAAAGAAGUUCGUUAUUAUUGGACACCAAGAUAAUAUAGAUAUGGAUGAUAAUGAAGUUCGUUAUUAUUGGACUUCAAGAUAAUAAAGAUAUGGCAGCUAAGAUGGUACGUUAAUAUUGGGCAUCAAUAUAAUGUAGAUAAGUCAGAUAAGAAAGUUCUUUAUAUAUUGGGCAUCAAGAUUAUAUUACCAUGAGCGAUAAUAAAAUGUCAUUUUUUGAGCAUGUAAUUAGUGUAAUUGUGUAUGGACUCUUUAAAUUAAUAUAUCAAGUUCCCGACUGAAAAUCAAAUGAUAUCGAUCUAAAUGAUCGUGUAUUCUUAUAGGCGCUGUAGUUAUAACUGUUAUUUUAAUGGUAUUUGUUGAUGGAUAAAUAAUAAUAAUCAAUACCGAUAGCUAAUACAUUUGAUCGAUUUGUUUGCAUUAAGAUUCUACCACAGUAACACUUUGCGCAUGAGAUAUUUUGGGCGAUAAUUGAAUUCAGCGUUCUUCAGCUUCUCCAUAUACGCUUCGGCUCAGGGUUCGAAGGACAGCCUCUGGGCAGCUUCCUAGCUCGGUAUGCCUCGGCUCGGCCAACGCUUGUCAUACUCUCAGGCGACUAUAAGGUUGGAUAGGAGAUUCUGACUGUUUU